GCGAUGGCGGCGGCGGUGGCAGCAGCAGCAGGGGCUGCGGGCGGUCGGGGCUCCGGGCCAGGGCGACGGCACCAUCUUGUACCCGGGGCCGGUGGGGAGGGGGCCCCAGGGGGCGCAGGGGACUACGGGAACGGCUUGGAGUCUGAGGAACUGGAGCCUGAGGAGCUGCUGCUGGAGCCCGAGCCGGAGCCCGAGCCCAAAGAGGAGCCGCCCCGGCCCCAUGCCCCGCCGGGAGCUCCGGGCCCUGGGCCUGGCUCGGGAGCCCCCAGCAGCCAGGAGGAGGAGGAGGAGCCAGGACUGGUCGAGGGUGACCCGGGGGACGGCGCCAUUGAGGACCCGGAGCUGGAAGCGAUCAAAGCUCGAGUUAGGGAGAAGGAGGAAGAAGCUGAGAAGCUAAAGGAGCUACAGAACGAGGUAGAGAAGCAGAUGAAUAUGAGUCCACCUCCAGGCAAUGCUGGCCCAGUGAUCAUGUCCAUUGAGGAGAAGAUGGAGGCUGAUGCCCGUUCCAUCUAUGUUGGCAAUGUGGACUAUGGUGCAACAGCAGAAGAGCUGGAAGCACACUUUCAUGGCUGUGGUUCAGUCAACUGUGUUACUAUACUGUGUGACAAAUUUAGUGGCCAUCCCAAAGGAUUUGCAUAUAUAGAGUUCUCAGACAAAGAGUCAGUGAGGACUUCCUUGGCCUUAGAUGAGUCCCUGUUUAGAGGAAGACAAAUCAAGGUGAUCCCAAAACAAACCAACAGACCAGGCAUCAGCACAACAGACCGGGGUUUCCCACGAGCCCGAUACCAUGCCCGGACCACCAACUACAACAGUUCCCGCUCUCGAUUCUACAGUGGUUUUAACAGCAGGCCCAGGGGUCGUGUCUACAGGGGCCGGGCUAGAGCGACAUCAUGGUAUUCCCCUUACUAAAAAAAGUGUGUAUUAGGAGGAGAGAGAGGAAAAAAAGAAGAAAGAAGGGAAAAAAAAAGAAUUUAAAAAAAAAAAAGAAAAACAGAAGAUGACCUUGAUGGAAAAAAAUAUUUUUUUAAAAAAAAAAGAUAUACUGUGGAAGGGGGGAGAAUCCCAUAACUAACUGCUGAGGAGGGACCUGCUUUGGGGAGUAAGGGAAGGCCCAGGGAGUGGGGAAGGGGGCUACUCAUUCACUCUGGGGAUUCGCCAUGGACACGUCUCAACCGCGCAAGCUGCUCCCCGUUUCCCUGUCCCCCUUUGCCCCCUUGUGCGCUGCUCAAGGGUAGGUGGGCAUGGGUGAUAGGAGGGUUUUUUUUUACCCAGGGCUCUGGAAGGACACCAAACUGUUCUGCUUGUUACCUUCCCUCCAUCUUCUCCCUAGCUUUCACAGUCCCCUCCUGCUUGUUCCUGUCCUGCCAGGUCUACCACCCACCCCACUCCUCUUUUCUGGCUCCCUGCCCCUCCAGAUUGCCUGGUGAUCUAUUUUGUUUCCUUUUGUGUUUCUUUUUCUGUUUUGAGUGUCUUUCUUUGCAGGUUUCUGUAGACGGAAGAUCUCCGAUCCACUCCCAGCAGCUCCAGUGUAAAUUCCCCUUUCCCCUGGGGAAAUGCACUACCUUGUUUUGGGGGGUUUGGGGGUGUUUUUUGUUUUUCAGUUUUUUGUUUUGUUUUGUUUUCCUUUGCCUUUUUUUCCCUUUUGUUUGGAGGGAAUGGGAGGAAGUGGGGACAGGGAGGUGGGAGGUGGAUUUUAUUUUUUUAGCUCAUUUCCAGGGAGUGGGAGUUUUUUUUUUAAUAUGUGUCAUGAAUAAAGUUGUUUCUGAAAAUAAA